GGAGCUGAGACCCGGCGGUGGCGGCGCGGUGCGCGCGCGCGGGAUUGUGACGCGCCCUCGCGGAGCCGCCGGAAGCACCGCCCGGAGCGGGGAGAGCUGGAAGCGGCGGCAGAAUUAAUUGAAGCUUGACUUACCGCUUCAGUGGAAGGUGAAGUCAUUGCUCAAGGAUGCAAUGUAUACAUGAAGCUUAAGAUCUGAACCUGCUAUGACUGACCCAGACGUCCUCACUGAGGUCCCAGCAGCUCUCAAGCGUCUUGCCAAAUAUGUGGUGCGUGGCUUCUAUGGCAUUGAGCAUGCUUUGGCUCUGGACAUUCUCAUCAGGAAUCCCUGUGUGAAGGAAGAGGACAUGUUAGAGCUCCUUAAGUUUGAUAGGAAGCAGCUGCGGGCUGUCCUUAACACCCUCAAAGGUGACAAGUUCAUCAAAUGCAGGAUGAGGGUAGAGACGGCUCCAGACGGCAAAACCACCCGUCACAACUACUACUUCAUCAACUACCGCCUCCUGGUUAACGUGGUGAAGUACAAGCUGGACCACAUGAGGAGGAGGAUUGAGACAGAUGAAAGAGACUCCACAAAUCGUGCCUCUUUUAAAUGCCCCAUUUGCUUCAGCACUUUCACAGACCUGGAAGCCAACCAGCUGUUUGACCCCAGGACAGGAACUUUCCGCUGUACUUUCUGUGAGACUGAAGUGGAAGAAGAUGAGUCGGCGAUGCCCAAAAAGGAUGCAAGGACACUCGUGGCAAGAUUUAAUGAGCAGAUUGAGCCCAUCUACGCUCUGCUUCGUGAGACAGAAGAUGUUAACUUAGCCUAUGAAAUCCUCGAGCCAGAACCCACAGAGAUUCCUGCCCUGAAGCAGAGCAAGGAGCGUGCAGCUGGUACCGGUUCAGGGGCAGGAGCUGGCCUUGCAGGUGGACACCAUCGGGAAGCAUGGACUACAAAAGGACCAUCAUAUGAGGACUUGUAUACCCAGAACGUUGUCAUCAGCAUGGAGGACCAGGAGGAUCUUAACCGACCUACAGCUGAAGGAAAGCCAGUCAGAGAGAGACCAAUUUGGCUACGGGAGAGCACGGUGCAGGGGGCUUAUGAUCCUGAUGAAAUCAAAGAUGGGGGCCGGGAUUUGGAUACCUUCCAGGAGCGUGAGGAAGGCCGGGUAUCUCUGGAUGAUAAUGAAGAGGUGAUGCGUGCCCUCCUCAUCCAUGAGAAGAAGACCCCUUCUGCUUCGACAGUCAGCAUUGGAGGUGCUGCUCCCCUCUCUGGUGCCAAUGCUAGUGACUCUGAGAGUGAGACAAGUGAGUCAGAAGAGGAAUCCCCUCCUCGCCCUCCCACCACGGCCACCACAAUAUAUGGGCUGGAGGAUGAGGAGGAGGAUGAAGAGUUUGAGGUGGUGGCAGAAGACCCCACUGUCACAGUGGCUGGGCGUCCACACUCCUACAGCCAAGUGAGUCAGCGCCCUGAGCUGGUGGCCCAGAUGACACCUGAAGAAAAGGAGGUUUACAUAGCCAUGGGGCGACGCAUGUUUGAGGAUAUGUUUGAUUAACUGCUUCCUGCCAUGGUAUUUUUUUAAAAAGUGAUUUAAUUUUUAGUCCAGAAACUACCUAGUGAAACAGAAGACUGAAGUGCAUCUUUCCUCCCCUGUGCGCAGGGACACUGUGGCUCAGGGCUGCUGAUCUGGGGCAUCUUGCUCACCAGAGAGGGAGAGCAGGAAGGCUGCAUGUGCCAAAACAGUUAGGGGAGAAGUCUCAGAAGUGAGGAUGCUUGCAGGGUAAAAAUCUUCUCUAAUGGUGCCCUGCUUUAACUUUUUUCGAGGCUCCAGCAGCUGGAUCCCCCUGAUUGUUUUGAGUUGAUUUUUGUUGCAUAUUCUGGUGAAGUCCCCAUCCCUGCCCUCAGAGGAUGCAAGUGCUCCCUGGUCUGACCAGAAUGCUCUCAGUGUAGAGCGUAAGUAACAUUACAGCUGCCCGUGUUCAGUGAGGGGAGAGGAGAGGGAAGCACUUGUCUGCUGAUGGCAAGCUUGGGCAGGGCUUUUAGCUGACCUCCUGCCAGCAGCCACUGGCCACCAGAACUGGCUUAUUUUCUAAGCAGCCCUGUGGGCAGCAAUCUCUUCUUGCUCCUGUUCACUCUUUACUAGUGAACUCACUUUACUAGCUUACUCACUCUUUACUUUACUCAGCAGCUCAAGGUCAGGUGUAACUUGAAACACACAGAGUGAAAGCCUUGGCAAGCACACAGUCACUCUUUGUCAGUGUAACAAAAGCCCUUUGUGGAUGCGAGCUGUCAGAGUGCUCUGACUUAUCAGGAGAUACCUUCAUUUUCCAGUGUUGCUGCCUGCCACUUCUGCCCAGCCCUGUCCAAACUCCCGUGUUGCUGACGGUUCCUAGUGGGCAGGGCUGCAGUCAGACAGUGCCAGAGAAAUGGCAUUGCUGGGUUGGAUUGGCAGUCACACAAGGGCUGUAUCAUUUUAAGAGGAAUUAUGCAAUUUUGAAUUCUGCUUUGGCACACUCUUUUACUGUAGAAAAACAUUUAUCGGUGCCUACAGAGCAAUAUUGUAUUUUUAAUGCUUUUCUCUUUCAAUUGAAAAAUGUUGGUUUUUAAAAUUGUUGUUUUCCUAUCAAGUACUACAGUGAAAAAAAAUUAAAAAAGAAUUUUGUGUUCCAGAGGGUAGAGGCAGUAUUAUGUGAUGUGAUGUUUCCACAGGCAGCAUGAAUUUGCUGUUCACUGAGACUGUAAAUCUGUUUUAUACUAACUGUGCUUUCUAUGUUCUGCUAACCUUGCAAUGCCUCCUUUGUGGUUUUAUUUUCAGCAUCUUGAUAUUCUGAACCCCAUCUUUUUCUAAGUAGCGUUUUAAAUUUGCUUUUAAGUCAUUUUAAAGAAGAAUAAAUAAACAAACUUCU